UGACAAGCCAAGCUAAGCCAGACUGAGGAAGCAAGAUGGCCGCUUCCAAAGCUGCUGCAAAAUUCGGUGCCCAUCUGAAAGAAUUGCGUCUUCAUCUUUGCCAGAAAUCUUCCGAAAGUGCAGGUGUCAGGGAGUUCAUAACAAAACACUAUCCCUCGCUGAAGGCAAGCAACCCAACCCUACCCGUGCUUAUUCGGGAAUGCAGCGGUGUUCAGCCAAAGCUGUACGCAAGAUAUGCAUUUGGAAAAGAAAGUCACGUACCUUUGGCAGGCAUGACCGCCGAUCAAGUUCUGGCUGCUGUCGGGCAGAUUGCUCAGAAGACUGUCUAAGCAGUGUCAAUCCUUCGUUUAGGUAGUGGUAGUAAAUGAUUAUGUUGAGUUUC